AUGGACAAGCCCAAGCGUGAGGCCAUCCUUGACCUGGCCAAGUACGUGAACGAGCGUAUUCGCGUCAAAUUCACGGGCGGACGCGAAGUGACCGGAAUCCUGAAGGGUUACGACCAGCUGUUGAACCUCGUGCUGGAUGAAGUACAGGAAAAUUUGCAGACACCGGACGGCGAGUCCACCACGCGCAACCUGGGCCUUGUAGUCCUCAGAGGGCCGACAAUCACCCUCCUAAGCCCCGUGGACGGCUUCGAGGAGAUCGCCAACCCUUUCCUGGCACAAGAGUGA